CGGCCGGGCAAGCGAGCGGCCCCAGCCCGCUGCGGCGCCUGGUCCUCUUCUGUAUCCUCGGCUGCAGGGCCCCGGGCACAUGGCGUGUCUGGCGGCCGCGCUCUCCCUGGGCAGCGCGCUGAAUGCCAGCAACUCUGCCUCUGCUGUGAUGGAGCCAAAGUCAGUGUGCGUUUCAGUGGAUGAGGUGGUCUCCAAUGCUAUGGAUAGCCAAGAGGCACGGCUCCUGAAUGGGCACUUAAAAAAGGUGGACAACAUGCUGACUGAAGCCCAUCGUUUCUCUUACUUACCACGGAGACCAGCUGUGAACAUUGUGUUUAAGGAACUGUCAUACUCUAUCCAAGAAGGACCGUGGUGGAGGAAGAAGGGUUACAAGACCCUGCUGAAAGGAAUUUCAGGAAAAUUUAGCAGUGGAGAACUUGUUGCAAUUAUGGGUCCUUCUGGGGCUGGGAAAUCAACUCUCAUGAAUAUCUUGGCAGGAUACAGAGAGACUGGGAUGAAAGGCGAAAUUCUCAUUAACGGACAGCCACGUGACCUGCGCAGUUUUCGCAAAGUGUCCUGUUACAUCAUGCAAGAUGAUAUGCUGCUCCCUCAUCUCACUGUCCAGGAAGCCAUGAUGGUGUCUGCCCAUCUGAAACUUCAAGAGAAGGAUGAGGGCAGAAAGGAGAUGGUAAAGGAAAUCUUGACAGCUCUGGGUUUGCUCUCAUGUGCCAACACAAGAACUGGGAGUCUUUCUGGAGGCCAGAGGAAGCGCCUUGCCAUUGCUUUGGAGCUGGUGAAUAACCCCCCUGUUAUGUUCUUUGAUGAACCUACUAGCGGCUUAGACAGUGCAUCCUGUUUUCAGGUUGUGUCUCUGAUGAAGGCUUUAGCCCAGGGUGGCAGGUCCAUCAUCUGCACUAUCCAUCAGCCGAGUGCAAAACUGUUUGAGCUAUUUGAUCAGCUGUAUGUCUUGAGUCAAGGUCAAUGCAUUUAUCGUGGGAAAGUGUUAAAUCUAGUCCCUUACUUGAGAGAUUUGGGUUUAAAUUGUCCAACCUACCACAAUCCAGCAGAUUUUGUGAUGGAGGUUGCAUCUGGUGAAUAUGGUGACCAGAACAGUCGGCUUGUAAGAGCAGUGGGGGAGAGGAUGUGUGACACUGAGUACAAGAGAGACGUUGGUGGUGAAAAUGAAUUAAACCCCUUCUUAUGGCACCGACCGUCUGAAGAGGAUUCUUCAUCCACAGAAGGCUGUCACAGCUUCUCAGCCAGCUGCCUCACUCAGUUCUGCAUCUUGUUUAAAAGAACUUUCCUCAGUAUCAUGAGGGAUUCGGUCCUGACACACUUACGGAUCACAUCACAUAUUGGAAUUGGAAUUCUCAUAGGCUUGCUCUAUUUAGGGAUUGGAAAUGAAGCCAAGAAAGUCCUGAGCAACUCUGGCUUCCUCUUUUUUUCCAUGUUAUUCCUUAUGUUUGCUGCUCUCAUGCCAACUGUCCUUACAUUUCCUUUGGAGAUGGGAGUAUUUCUUAGGGAACAUCUGAACUACUGGUACAGUCUGAAGGCUUACUAUCUAGCUAAAACCAUGGCUGAUGUCCCUUUUCAGAUUAUGUUUCCUGUAGCUUACUGCAGCAUUGUAUACUGGAUGACUUCACAGCCCUCUGAUGCGCUUCGAUUUGUCCUGUUCUCAGCCCUGGGGACAAUGACAUCAUUGGUGGCUCAGUCACUGGGUCUUCUAAUUGGUGCAGCCUCCACAUCACUUCAGGUGGCAACAUUUGUGGGUCCUGUCACAGCGAUCCCUGUUCUUCUUUUCUCAGGAUUCUUUGUCAGCUUUGAUACCAUCCCAGCCUACCUCCAAUGGAUGUCCUACAUCUCAUAUGUCAGGUAUGGUUUUGAGGGAGUCAUUCUCUCCAUCUAUGGUUUGGAUCGAGAAGAUCUUCACUGCGACAAAGAUGAUACUUGUCAUUUUCAAAAAUCAGAGGCCAUCUUGAAAGAACUGGAUGUAGAGAAUGCCAAACUUUACUUGGACUUCAUCGUACUUGGAAUUUUCUUCUUUUCUCUGCGCCUAAUUGCCUAUUUUGUUCUCAGAUACAAAAUCAGAGCAGAGAGGUAAAGGAAGAAAACAAAACAGAACAGUCCAGUAGGAAGAACAUUAGACUUGCAGUAGAGGGCACUUGUCAUUGUCUCAAUGUGGCAGGCCAGUGUUCAGUGCCCAGUUACAGACACUGUUAUGACCUAGCCCAUAAAGAAUCAUAUGAGAUUAGUGGAUAUAUAGUGUUAAGCUAAUCAGUCCAGCUGGGUUGGGUCAUGUUUUCAUUACACUUUCUAGCUUUAACUAGGAAGAAGAAAUAGAAGGGAAUUUUGCAAUGUAGACUAUCAACUCUGAGGCAGUGUAACGAUAACAAUAACUGGUUACAAGAACUUUCCUUUAUGUAAACCUUCUUUGUGAUAAGGUAAAUUUAGUUCUGAUAGCCGGAGUUGGUAAAAUGACAUCUUUACACAGCUGGGGAAUAUUGAUUAAUACUCAAACACAAAGUGGGGAAUGCAAAGAGAGGAGGAUUAUGUCCUGUCCUUGAAUUCAGAACUUCAUCUUUGCAGUUUUCUAUCUAUCACUUUUCUUUCCCACAAGAAUUACCCUGGUAAGCCAAAAUUCUGUAAAUGUAUUAGUUCACAAGAAAAGCUAUCUUUUUAAUAUGGAUGGAUAGCAACAUUUUUUUAAAAAGAUCAUAGUAAUAAGUCUCUUUAUUUUUAUUUGUGUCUAAAUUUAGAAUUCUGGUGCUUUAUUUGAUGAGCUGGUCUCAGAUUAAAAAAUUAUAAUAGGAAUGGAAAAUGAGAAAUUCCAACUCAGCACUGUAAACCUGUUAAUCAUAUUUGUGGGGGGAAAAUAGAGAAGAGUCAGUCAGGAAUGUUUAAAACUGUCCACAGAUGAUUAAACAAUCAGCCUGUGUUUUCAGUGUCUUUUAAACUCACUUUAUUUGUGAUAUGGAAAAUGCUAAUUCUGUUCAUUAUCACAUGAACUACCUCCUGUGAAUGCAAAAGCAAGUCUCCAAGGCUAUUUUCCCCAACAAUGAGUGAAAGUAAAAUCUAUCCCCAAUGCUUGUGAGAAUGCUCAAGGACAAUGGAAAAGUUGGCUUGAAAGUAAGAGCUAUCAUUUGUUCAGAGUUUGAAAGCUUAGCAGGUUAUAUUAGAACUCAUGACAGUUUGCAUGGAAUUGUUUAAAAUUUCUGCAUUCAUCAUAAAAUGAAUUUACAUAUGAAUAGGUGGAGGCAGUGUGAUGUGACAAGAAUAACACUGCCAACCAAUUCUGUUUUUGUCCAAAUCUACCUGGGGAUUAAUAGCUAAGUGGUUUAAAGAGUAGGGAUUUUUUUUUAUACAUGUUAUACAUUAAUUUUGCUCAUCAUAACUUGUAAGGGUGAAAUCCUGAUCAUAGUGGAAAUCAAUAGGACUUUUGCCAUUGAUUGACUGAGACCAGGACUUCCCCUGAAAGAACAGACUGUGCCAGAUCUGAUUUCUUUCACGCUUGUAGGCAGCUGCAUUAGCUCCACUGUCUCCCACAGCUGUGAUCCAAGUGAGGAACCAAGUCUGGGGGUGCUUUAUACAAGUAGAUAACGCUUUACUGAGAUCAAAGGUGUUUCAGUGUCAGGAGGCCGUUCAGGUACUCAGUGACCAAAGCUAGUGUAAUAGUUGCUGAGAGGCAUUUUUUGUCUGUGAACCAGCAAGAGCCACAGUUCAUAGACUAUUUUUGGAGGCUUGAAGAAAAUGUAUAUGUACUAAACCCAAAUUGCUUUGAGUUAUGCCUGAAUUUUGUAUUAAUUAAUUUAUUCUUUUUUUAAGACUGAAGUAGAGUCACCUUUUCUUUUGUGAAAUGUACAGGUAGUUUCUCAAAGUCUGUGAAAACUUUGACCACCAAAAUGAGUUAUACUGAAUCCCUCAUGAGUCAUUUCUAUGCAAACAAAUCGCUCCUCCUUUAGAGAACCCCAUUGGAGUCAAUGGAGGUCUGAGAGGGCCCCACAACAUGUGUGUACAGUCACUUGUAGGAUUGGGGCCUGGAUAGCAAAACAUAUAUAGGAAAUUUUGUGAAUGUUGAGUACUCAAAGGAGUACUCAUGCAAAUAAUUUGCAGACUGAAAUUUACCCCCAGAGAGCACAGUUCAAACCAUUCAGAAUUAGGAUCAGUAUGAAUAUUGCCUGCAAUAUUUUAACAAAACAGGCAAAGGGCUAUAUUUGGGAAAUUAUCCAUAUGUUGCAAACUGUUCAACACUAGCCUGAGUGAAAGGGUGUGGCAUCUGUGGCAUUAAAUAGGUUUGUAUUCAGGGUAUAGAUGGUGCUUCCAUCAGCAGUUAUUUACCAAAUAUAUAAUUGAAGCUAAUUUAUGAUUUAUCAGUUGUAAACUAACAUGAAAGGUAACUUUAUGAACUAUAUUCCUUUGACAUUUUAACAGUAUUAAUGUAUUCUAAUAAAAGUGUGUUCCAUUUGUCCCGGGCAGUCCAGUGUAGGAAUGUGAGAGCUCUGCAGUGCUACCUGCUUAUCUGUGCCUAUACAUACUUUUAGCCUCUUUGUCACAUCCUCAUGUAUUGUAACUUCAUACUUUGUUAUGUUAAAAAAGAGUGUGUUCUCCAUUAGUGUUCUGAAGGAAAUACCUACUCCAAAACAAGUUUUUCAUUCCCUUUUCCAUUAGGUUUUUUUCAUUCCUUUCCCCCCAACUGUCUGUUGGGAAAUAGUUUGCUAAAAGCCAUUACUUUAAAGAAUGGUUUUCAUACUAUUGGAUCCCAGUAAAUAAAUUUGUUCUACUAGCUAAUGUUAUACUUAAGAUGCUCAUUUCCCCUUAAUUUUACAAAUGAAAUCUCUCUCUCUCUCUCUUUUGAGCAUUCAUUUUGGUUAAAUUAAGUUUGUCCCAACUAUAUUUUCAUAUAGUGUGUCAGUUUGCAAAGUCUCUAUAUAUGUAUAACUUCAUUUUUUCUUUGGUAUAUAAAUAACCUCCAGCAGUUUCAUACUCACAAACAACUCUGGUUUAACAAAUUGAGCAUGCAUAUAAAAGAUAAUGCAGUAGCCAAUAUUGUCAAACUUCCAAGCUUUCAUUAUAAAUAGUGAUGAGGCAAAUUGGAGUUUAAACAUGCAGGAUCCUCAACUUCUGUACAUUUAUUAUAAAUCAACUGAAAUCAAUGAAAAUGUGGCAAAUUGCAUCAGGUUAGGAUUUCACCCCAAAUAAAAAGAGAGGAUGUCAAUAUUUGUUUUGAAAUGUCUCUUGAAAAACUAAUACAUUAUUCAUGAAUGGCAGAUGGAAGAUUUUACUAUUCUUUUGAGUUAUUUGUUUUAUCUAGGCCACAAUUACACACAUUUCUUAUGUGUCAUUUUAUUUCUGGGUCAUGUAUGUAUCAAUGGAAAUAUUAAAUACUUCAAAUAUUUUAUUUUCAUUGAAGUCUGACUGUAAACAAGGAAAUCCUGAAAGCUUUUGGAUUUUUUUAAAAUAACUUUCGGAUCUACUGACAUUAAAAAAAACUUUGAGACAUUUCAUCUUCAUAGAGAAGAGGAAGAGAGAAACAAACAAAUAUCUAACUGAGAAUGUCUUCAUUACUUUCUAUAUUGAAUCCAAAACUGAUAUUUUUCUAAAACUUGAGAGAGAAAAGAUAACAAGGGAUAGCAGGUUAGGAAUAGCUUGGAUACAAGAUAGCAAACACUUCUCUGAGGUAUUGCUUGUGUGGAAGCACAGUUUUACUGUUUUGCACCAAUGUCUGUGUGACUGAACAUUUUAUUGACCAUCUUGUUUUCACUCAAAAGUUGUGAUGGUAAUAGGCUGACCCAUUCCAUCUUGAUGGUUCUCACAAAAAGCAAAAUUGGCUCCUGUGCCUCCCCCUUGUUAAGUGAAUCCCUUCUGUUAUAAUGAGGUUCUUGUGUAGACCUUAUUCAGCAAAGUGCUUACUUACCUGCAUGCAUUGGAGUUGUCAUUGGGACUACUCAUAUCUUAAGUUACCCGUAGUGUGAAGCACUUUGCCGGGUCAGGGCCAUACUGCACAAGAAACUGGGACACGUCCUGACCUCGUUCAAAGGCUAUAGUGAAAAAUAUGAUUUGUUUUCUCCUGUUCUGGGCCACUCUAUAAAACUAGAAAUAAUGUUUUCAAGUGUUUAUUGGAAUGCAAAAUAUUCUACUUUUCGGGGGGGGGGGAGGGGAACAGAAACCAACCACACAAAAGAAUGUAUAUUUUUCUGUGUUCACUGUUAAACAGUUGUUUCUGUUAACUGCAUAAUUUUGCUAAGCAAAAAUGGACUUUGUAUUUAUAUUUUCCUUCUCUGUAUAACAAGUACAAAUCCAAAACUUCUGUAGGGGGUGUUUGGGUUUUUUUUUUUAACUAGCAAGUGCUAGUUAUAUUUAAAAGCAUGUGUUUUAGCUAUUUUCCUACUAGCAUGUGCUCUAUAAGCCUUAUGUUCUGGAACCCUAGCAAAUUGCAGGAGGGACAGUUCAGUCGCAUUUAGCUUGGACUUCUUAACACAGGCCCACUGAAAAUCCCUCCUCAAAAAAGGCAAAUGCCCAUGUAGCCUAAUGCACAUGCCUCUUUCUCAGCCCACUGAAUUCUCUUCUCCAACAUCUCCAUUUGCUCACCUAUCUGAAAUUCCAGACAUAUUCAGGGUGUCUACAGAGCAAUGCUGUGCUAUGAAGAGGUACUCGGUGUAGCUCAUGUACUGGAAGCAGUAUAGGCAAGUUAGUAUGACUCUCCACCAAGAAUAAUUAGCUCUGCUGAGAAACAGUAUAUAUUAGCCUGGGUACAGUGUUAUCCUAAUGUGACUUCUGGUACCCUCAGAGUGUGUCUACAUGAGACGCUUAAUGUGCAGCAGACUGAUUGACUCUGCAUACACUGUCAUGCAAAAACUGCUAUCACGAAAAAAGCAUGCAGUUGUACUAAUGCAUAGCUAGCCAGCCUAUUGCACAUUUAGUUAGUACUUCCUUUUGCAAGUACUAAAUAUAAUAAAUAGUAGGCACUGUGCAUUAAUGAACAUGUAGACACACUCUCAAUGGCUAAGUGAGGGAGAAGAUCUUGUACAUCUUCACUGGGCUAUGCAGGAGGCUGCUUCCAGCACUAGUUUUCUACAAGUGACUGGCUUGGUUGAAGUUAGACUUCUGAUGCUUGUGUGAUGUCUGGUUUAAAGCAUAUUGGUAUCAAUGGAAACCAUGACUCCCAGUGACGUGUGGACGCUAAGUGAUUCUCAUCUAGAUGUGCCCAUAAGAAUUAAGUUGUACAUUUCUCAUUAGAUUUCUCAAUCCUAAACAUUUGCUAUCCUGGUCUGGCUAGUAGGACCCUGCUUUAGUCUAUUCUUAAAUGUAUCCAUACUCAGGGGAGUAUUUUAAUACAUGCAUAAGUCUCACUGCCUUGAAUAGGAUUGAGACCCUGGCUUUCCUGAAUGGAAACCUACAUUUGGCUCAGACCAAGUCUUAAGAGUUGUCAUGAGCAUAGGAAAAUGGGAGGCAGGUGGUGGAAGCGGUCAUGCAGUGGAGCCGAGGGCGGAAACUUAUUUUCAAUGAAAUGAGAAGGAGCCUAGAGACCCAGUCACAAAGUAUCAAUGCUGCUGUUUGUACCAGCAGUUAGAAACCAGAGUUCUAGCUAGAGGAAAUGUUUUCUAGGCUGCUUUCAACCACUGUCUGUGCUGACUUUUGCCAGUAAGAUGCAAGUAUCUUCGAUUCCAAAUUUAGCAGCAGCAAGGUCAUUUCCUGCAGUAUGCCAGUAGUCUAACUCCAUUCUUGUUCAGGCCUUUGUUUGAAAACCCAUUUGUGAUUUUUUUCUAUCCUCCUUUGGUUCUGUUUAUUUCUUGGUUAAUGCUGGCAGCAACUAAACUGCUUUGGGGUUACAUUCUGAGGUUUUGCAUGAGAUAUUAAAUGUUUCAUUUGCUGUAUCAGUCAAUCAUAGGAAUCAAUCUUGCCAUCAGUGCUCAUGCUUUUUGGCAUCCCACACAGCUGGGACUCAUUUUAUUUCCACUCAUGUUGUUGGGCUGUUUUUUAAUUUGGCAUUCUCUUUUAGUGUCUUUACUAAUAACCUUGGCACAAGCCCCAGAGACAUUAAGCCCUUAGCAUUUUAUAAUGACCUUUUGCAUUGAUAAAUCCUGACUCAAUGCUCCCUAUUACCCACUGGCAGCAGUGAUUAUAAAGAUUGUAGAUGAACUUUGGAGCCCUGCCAGAUCAGCUGUUUGCUGAGCUCUGUGCAUCAGCUCAGCUGGUGACUCUUACUUUUGUUUCCCACUUCUUCACAUAAAACUAUAUUGCUGAAUACCUAUGAAAGUUUCUGUGGAUGAGGGCAGGACAAAAAAAAAAAUCAAUUAAAACUAGUUAUGAGGUCUCAAAAGUACUUGAAUACAAACUGAUGGGAUGUCCAGUAUGUAGCAUCAUUUUGCCAGUGAAGCCCUACCAAUAAAAGCAACAGCAUAUGAAAAGGUGGACAAGAUUUCAAGAGGUCCAUAAACCUCUGUAUGCAGCAGAGGCUUGAUCAAAGCCUCUUGAAACCAGUGGAAAGUUUACAUGGUUUAGUUCCCACCCUAGCACUUCCUAGGGGUAUUAGAGCUUCCAUACAGCCAUCUGUUGUCUAUUUUUGUAAUAUGCUUUUAUGAUCAUACUUGACAAACUGCAUAGUUGCCACUUUUAAGUCCAGUCCUGUUCUCAGUGGAGUUAAUGGCAAAACUUUCAGUGCAACAUCAGAGCAACAAUUAGCCAGAAUGAUUUCUGUUGUCAUAGCACAUAAACCAUACAAGUAAAAAAAAUGUGUAAAAGUGUGCAUUGGAUAUGAAACUUUGCAAACCCAAGGAAAGUCAGUUCUAAGGCUGACAUUCUUAAACAGGCCCGUAGGAAUGGUGAUUGUAUCCUGUUUGACUGAGUAUGUAAAAUAACUCUUCUUUAUUUACCCCCUUCCCCACCAAAGUAGGUGUGCAAAAGAUCCAAACUUUUGCCUUAAAUUUGCCUUUUACUAUUCUUGCUACUUUUGUAACUACAUGGUGGCACAGGUUUUUGUGGCUGUCAAUUACUAUUUCUUGCCCAGUAGAAGUUAUUCAGCAGCAGGAAAGACGCAUGUAGUCAGUGGUUAAUUUUGGACUAGGGACGGAUCUUCCUUGCUCUUGAUACAAAAUGGGAGUUAAAUGUAUUACUUUUGAUAAAUGUCAUGUGAAAUCUAGCCAUGUUUAAUGAUUAAGGUUAAUGGCACUGGCUGCUUCUGACUUCUAAAAGUAACUGUAGUUGGUAAUUAUGGGAUUACUGUGACCAGUAAUUGCAGAAAUAUAAACUAUCCACUUCCUUUUUCCUGUGAUGAGACCUUGUGAUGAUAUUACUGUACACAGCCAUGUAAAUAUAUGGACCUACCAACAGGAAUUCCUUUUCAAUUGCUCAGUCAUUAUGCUGACACAGUUGCCCAUUGUGAAGUCCCAUUCAUAAAGCUUGAUAAUAUUGAGGACAAAAGCCCCUGGCAACUAAUUAAUAGGAAGACAGGGAUGGCUCAGCAUGUCAUCUCUGUUGCUUUGCUCUUAGGAUCGCUGGUUAUGCAGUUGGCACUGUUGGUAUUGCCAUACCCACAGAACAGGCUUUACUAACUUUGUAGAAUGGCCAUCAGCCACUUUUGUGUUGCUAAAGUUAAGUGGUUCAUUGGCUUGGGGUGAGUGUACUCAGUAUCUUUCAUGAUCAAAACCACACUGUCCGGCCCAUAAAUCCAUUUUUGUAUGUAGACUUCAUACAAAUCAGUUUAAAUAUUGUGUAUUUAUGUCACAUUGUACUUUUUUCCUGUUCAGAAGUCACAGUUUGAACCAUCAGCCAUAACAACUUUGUUUUAAUGUUAUGCAUCCAGUGGCAUAUUUUUUACUUCUAUUUGUAUGCAUUUCAUGGUGCUUGUAUGCAUCCUAAUAAUAGUAUUUAAGAACAUGAGCUCUAACUUUUGGCUUUUGCUGUCAAUACCAUUUAGUGUAUAGCCUUUAACAUAGUUCUCAUUUAUGGGAUCUUCCUGUAGUAGACCUUUUAGUUUCUUUCAAGAGACAGUCAUACUUUGUUUUAGAAGUGUGAAAAACAGCUGGGAAUAAUCCUUUGGGAUGAUAUUCAUGGUGGUACAGAGAGUCCAUACUAAUCCUGUGUACCAUUUAAGUCUUUAAAAUGGGGCUUAACUGGGAUUUAAUUGGUCCAUGGGCCUCAUGAUACUGAACUGAACGUCACCGUUUGACUUCAACUUAUCUUAUGUCACUGUGUGUCGUGUUACACUCUAGAACAGUGGGGGCCAACCUUUUUGGCAGGUAUACCACAAAUUAGCCUUGAACCCUCCCCGAGUGCCUCUCUGAUCCCCUUUCCCUGCCCAAUCUAUUGCUCUUCUUUCUGCUCCCUGCCCUUUUUUGCUGCUGUGCUUUCUGCCCCAUCUUUGAUCUGCCGCAUGCCAUACACAGAGGCUUCCCAUGCCACCUGUGGCACUUUAUGCCUCAGGUUAGACACCUCUGCUCUAGAAGUGACAUUAAUGACCCCUUUGAUGCCAGUGCUAAAUAGUUGAAUAUAUUAGUUGCCUUUGUAAAAUUCAUUGAAUAACUACUUCUGGAUCUAAUGUUGUCCCCUUCUCUCACACCCCAAACUAACCCAUAUUAUAAAGAUAUUGCAGAGGUGACACAAAAUCUUUGGGCUAGCUCCUAUUCUGCCUAUUAAGAUACCCAAGUGGGCUUAAGUGCCUAAAUGUAUCCCUAUUUUAUCCUGCUUGAGUUCACAAAAAAUCAUUAACUCAUCUACUUCUGUAAUAUGCCAUCGUCUUAGGCUUCAGACUAACUCAAAAAUGCAGCGAGGAGGAGGAUUCAUCCACCUUUUGCAUGAACAGGUUUUCAGGGACUUUAGCAUGGCAGACCAAGACUGUGCUGAAGCAUCUAACUCCACUUAAGCACACAAUAGGGAGAAUAGUAACUACUCCUAUGUUUCUCAAGGUUUUUUUUCACUAGGAGAAUAUCUCAUUAAUACACAUUUUAGGACCAUAUUAAAACUAAAUACUGUAAUGGUUCCUUUCUGUUACUACAGAAAACCAGGCUCCUUGGGUUUAACAGUAGUUAAACUUUACAAAUGUUGAUCUUCACACCUUACAAAUGUGAAUGGUUUGGAAAAAAUGCAAUUAAAAAAUUCCGACAGGAAAAAAUGCUCAUUAAAUAUGCUAUAAAAGCUAGUACAUUGCAUUUGUAGUGUUCUUCUCUGACAGGGAAGGAAAAUGAUAAUUUUUAGAUAUGUUUAAAGAAAAAAAUAGUCCUACAAUGUAGUCAGGAUAUGUUUUAGAUUUGUGCAAUACCUGAUCUCAGUCAGUUGAACUUGUGGUGAUAUUGCCCUGGAAUCUACUGUUGAGGCAUUUAACAUGUUUAUUUUUUUAAACAAAAAGCAAGAGUCAAUGCAAGUAAAAUUUUAAAUCAGCGUGCUACAGUGUGCAUAUUAUGUAUUUCUGAUAUAACUGUUAUCUCUUGUUUCUGUAAUGCAAGGUGCAUUACUAUGAAUCAAUUUUGUUAUGCUUCUUUAGGAGACUAUUUCUGCCUGCACGCUGUGGUAUAUUUGCACUGUUAUAGAUACGUACAUAUAUUAGGUAAUAUAUAUGUGUAUAUAUAUUAUCUAAACCUUGUCUUUUUCAGGUUGCUCAUUAUCUUUGUAGUUCAUACUUACUGGAAUAAUCAACCUGAGUAAAAACUUUGGGAUGUGGGGCAUUCUGAUGAUGCAUUCAAAACAGAAAUCUUUGUAUAUUUCUGUAUAGUUAAUACCUAUAGAAGAUUUGUAUGUGCAUCAUUUUCCAAAUUAGGGCUUUGUUUUCUGAGAAUAGAGGACAUUUAUGAUGAUGUAAUAAAGAAAAUCAAAUAAAGUGUUAUUUUCAGACAA